AUGCUGACAUUGAGGACAACCCUGUCUUGUGCCGUUUGGACGCAUAACUACUUGGAUGGCUAUUCCGUGGCCACACCCCAACAGGUCUUCAAUUAUCACCCGUUGCUGAUGACUAUUGGGAUGCUCUUCCUCAACGCCAAUGGAAUAUUAAUCUAUCGGAUCAGUCGAUGGCUGCGGUUUCAGCGCCAGAAGUGGAUCCACUUUACGGUGCAGACGACGGCACUUGUAGUCACUUUAAUGGGCUCUUACGCCGUCUUCCACUACCAUAACGCCACAGACAUCCCAAACCUCUAUUCCCUGCACUCAUGGCUCGGACUCACAGCAGUCUCUGGCUUUGCGCUCAGCCUGUUAUCCGCCUUUUUCUCGUUUCUCUACCCGGGCAUCGAUCCCGUCUACCGGCGCCUUAUACUACCUUUUCAUAUAUUUGGCGGAACCGCUAAUAUUGUGCUGACGGGGGCGGUAGCUAUCACUGGCCUCACGGAGAAGGCCUUGUUUAGUCUGAAAUCAAAAGGCGCUGAAUAUCGAGACCUGCCGGCGCCGGCUGUCAUUAUAAACAUAUUCGGCCUGUCGAUAGUCGUGUUCACAGUACUGGUCGUAUGGCUGGUGACCAAACCGGAGUUCCGGCGCCGUCGAUGGCUGCGGUUUCAGCGCCAGAAGUGGAUCCACUUUACGGUGCAGACGACGGCACUUGUAGUCACUUUAAUGGGCUCUUACGCCGUCUUCCACUACCAUAACGCCACAGACAUCCCAAACCUCUAUUCCCUGCACUCAUGGCUCGGACUCACAGCAGUCUCUGGCUUUGCGCUCAGCCUGUUAUCCGCCUUUUUCUCGUUUCUCUACCCGGGCAUCGAUCCCGUCUACCGGCGCCUUAUACUACCUUUUCAUAUAUUUGGCGGAACCGCUAAUAUUGUGCUGACGGGGGCGGUAGCUAUCACUGGCCUCACGGAGAAGGCCUUGUUUAGUCUGAAAUCAAAAGGCGCUGAAUAUCGAGACCUGCCGGCGCCGGCUGUCAUUAUAAACAUAUUCGGCCUGUCGAUAGUCGUGUUCACAGUACUGGUCGUAUGGCUGGUGACCAAACCGGAGUUCCGGCGCCGGUAUAUACCGGCAGUUAAUGCACCGCAAUAUAAGUUAAGGAGAGAACAGACCACUGAAUGAGUGAUUAGUUUAAUUGAUAAUUGAUUUUACAUUUUUAAAUGCAUUUUCUAAUUGUGUUUAUUUUUGUUGCAUUUAAGGCUUAAUUGAGUUA